CCCUGCUGCAUAGAGGCUGCACUCAGCUGCACACGGCGAGCAAGCGGACAGCAGCACUCCAGUCGGCGCUUGAAAGAGCGUCCCAGAGCCCUGCACUGAAGGCUGAACACUUGACAAGCCAAUUAUGACGCGCAUCAUCGUAGUCCUGGCCUGCGCGGCCUCUGCCUUCACGCCGCCAACCCAACCGCGCCCUCGGACACAACUCGCGGCAGGCUUCGGCAAGACGACAAAGAGCAAGGACAAGGCCGUCCAGAUCAAGGGCGCGCCGAAGCCGAUGGACAAGCAGUGGGACAACUACUUCGCCCUGAAGGACGCGGACGGUGAGAUCCGGGAAGUUUGGUUGACGACCCCGGGCGGCGAUAAGCCUUUACCCUUAGGCUUCGUGGCCGCAAAAAAAGACGGGAGCCCGAAGGAGGCCGUCGCGUUGCAGAAGAAGUUGAUUAUGUGGUGCGCCGAGGGGCUGCAUCCGCGCCUCUCGCCCUUCCUGCGGGGCAAGAUGAAGGACGGUCAGGCGAAACUGGAGCUCAACCUGUGCAAAGUCCGGGAGCUGAGCGAGGAGGAGGCCAAGAAGGAGGAGGAGGCCGGCGACCCGCUCGCCGGGGGCAUCGGCCCCGGCGGCCCGCUGGACCCGCUCGGCCCGGUCCGCGCGCCGCCGUCGCUGAAGGCUGCGGACGUGGGAUUCAUGCCCUUCAAGUCGCCUAUUGAUGGGGAGCAGGCGGCCCUGCGGAAGCCGUCGAAGCGCGAGAUGAGCAACGGCGUCGUCCGAUAGGUCAGACGCGCCAGUAAUAC